CGCGGUUGCUAGGAGAGGCGCGCAAACCGGAAGUGCUUACAGCACGUGGAGAAAACAUGGCGGAAAAGAGACCGAGACUGGAGCAGGAACCUGAAAGGAAAGUAGACUGGAGGAAACACAAGGCAGAAAGAAAAGAACAGCAAAAACAAUGGAGAGAGGCAAAACUCCUGAAGAAGUUAGAGAAGGCGCAACUGCAGAAACAGCAAGAAACCGAGAAGCUGGAACAGGAGAAACAAGAGAAAAGAGAAUCGCACGGUCGUCCGUAUACAGUAAGCGUGGCAUUGCCAGGUUCCAUCAUGGAUAACGCCCAGUCACCAGAGCUACGCACCUACCUGGCUGGUCAGAUAGCUCGGGCAUGUGCCAUUUUUUGUGUGGAUGAGAUAGUGAUAUUUGAUGAGACUGGUGAAGGAUCCAAGAGCGUGGAGGGGGAGUUUGAGGGAGUUGGGAAAAAAGGCCAAGCGUGUGUGCAGCUGGCACGUAUACUGCAGUACCUGGAGUGUCCACAGUAUCUAAGAAAAUCAUUCUUCCCCAAACAUCCUGAUCUGCAGUUUGCAGGGCUCCUGAACCCCUUGGACAGUCCUCACCACGUGAGAAUUGAUGAAGAGUCUAUGUAUCGGGAGGGCGUUGUGUUAGACCGACCCACCAAAGCUGGCAAAGGCUCGUUCGUGAACUGUGGAAUGCGAAAGGAGGUGCAGAUCAACAAGCAACUACAAGCUGGAGUCAGGGUCACCGUCCAGAUGCUACCUGAGAAACCAGAACAGAAAGUUAGAAAAGGAAUUGUGGUCUCGCCGCAGCAUCCAAGGACAGAAGAUGGCUUAUAUUGGGGGUACAGAGUGAGGCUGGCGUCGUGCCUUAGUGCGGUUUUUACGGAAUGCCCCUUCAAGGAUGGCUAUGACCUUACUAUUGGAACCUCCGAACGUGGAAGCAGUGCGGAGGACGUGAAUCUGCCAGAUUUCCGACAUCUCUUGGUUGUGUUUGGUGGACUUCGAGGAUUGGAAGCCAGUGUGGACAGCGACCAGAAUCUGGACAUAGAAGAACCUAGUGUUUUAUUUAGCCAUUACCUCAACACGUGUCCUGGCCAGGGCAGCCGCACCAUCAGAACAGAAGAAGCCAUAUUGAUCUCACUUGCAGCAUUAAAGCCUAGAAUUGAAAAUGCAUUUCAGAAGCCCAAAGAGAGCUGAGCAUUGACUGUGACCUAUAAUAAUGGUAAAAGAAGAACUCGCCGUUCAUUGUGUGGACAUUGUACUGUGGACUGCACCAACACGUGACCAAACCAACUCUUAAAUUAAAUAUUUUUUUUAUUGUAUUUUUAUUCCUCUGCUGGAUUUUUACUGGU